CGUUACUUUAUUAUAUUUGUGUGCUACAGUUUAUUUAGGACGAUAAGCUUUGGACAGGUCUGGACAUGAUUCAAGACCGAUUUAGAUUACGUAAUUGUCAUGCCGUGUCAUCAUUCCAUUAUUUGCAAAAUAGUCCGAAAAUGCAGCAGGGUAAAGUCGUCUCAUUGUUGGUGCAAAGUUUUCUCAUCGUCUUCCUCUGGGAAGCGUCACUAGUGUCAUGCUCACCACUCUUGACGAAGUCACCACCCACCGUCCACCUGGGUCAAGGUAUCUUGCAAGGAACCACAGAAAUUAGUCGGGGUGGCCGGUCUUACAAUGUCUUUUAUGGCGUGCCCUUUGGGAAAGUUGAGAAACGAUUUGAGAUGUCGAAACCAGCGGAUAGUUGGACCGGGGUGAAAAUGGCCACGGUAAACGGGCCGGAAUGCAUAAACACUGGAUUUGUGGGCGGUGCAGUGCUCGGAAGUGAGGAUUGUCUCAACUUGAACGUGUUCACUCCAAAGUUACCAUCAAAUGAAAGUGACGGAAAGCUUCUCCCCGUUCUUGUCUGGAUUUAUGGGGGUGGUUUUGUCGGGGGGUCUAAUCAAGCAUAUGGGGGAUCCUACCUUAUGGACGAGGAUGUUGUGCUGGUCGUUAUUAAUUAUAGGCUUGGUGCAUUUGGAUUUCUAAAUGCUGGGGUUUCAGGUGCGAGAGGAAAUCAAGGCAUGAAAGACCAAGUUCUCGCGCUCCGCUGGGUACGCGACAAUAUCGCCCAUUUUUCCGGGGACAAGAACAAAGUGACGAUUUUUGGAGAGAGCGCUGGUGGCAUCUCCGUCUCUCUUCUGACCGUGUCCCCCAUGGCGCAGGGUCUCUUCAGCCGCGCCAUCAUGCAGUCUGGCACCGCAGGGAUGCCGUUUGUCUACCAUGGCGUGAACGGACGAGACCUCGCGGUCAAACUGGCGAAAGAGGUGGAUUGCCCGUCCAGCAAUAUGCAGUACUUGGUCGAAUGUCUGCAGAAGUUGGAUACGAAAGUGAUCGCACCCUUUGCCCGGGUGGUGCAUCAAUUUGGCUUCGACGAGUCCGCCAUCAACAUGGGUCCCUCCUACGAAACCUACCUACCUCCAGAUAACUCAACAGAGGACGUCUUCCUCUCCGAGGAUCCCUACAAUCUCGCCCUCGCCGGAAACUUCUCCAAAGUUCCCAUGAUCAUUGGGAUCGUCGCGUUUGAGAUGUUUUCUAUGGUCUCGGCUACCAUACGGAAUGAAACCAGUGUCAAAAAACUGAACAACCAGUGGGGUCGAGUUAUGCCGAACGCCUUGUUUAUUUCCAACACGGCGGAGGACCCCGCACUUAUUGGUCAAGCGAUAAGGUCACACUUUUUGGGAGACGAGUACAUCAAUGAAACGAUUCUCUCCAAGUAUGAGGAGCUCUACUCGGACCGCCAUUUCGUUCAUUCGACCCGUGUAUUUGCGGAACUUUAUGCGAAACAUGUGCCCGUUUAUUUGUACAAUUUCACGCAAAUGGUCCCCAUCGUGAAGCAUGGGCUGAAGGAUCAUAAAUUCAUUGCUGAAGUGGAUGGCGAAAAAACCCGCAGAAAUCCUGGUCAUGGGGACGAAAUAGCAUAUCUGUUCGACGGAAAGGGUAGAUUCUUAAGUUUUUUCGCCAGAAUUGGGAAAGGUCAUGAAGAUGAGAAAUUUUCCAAGGAGAUGAUCGCAACUUGGGUAGCGUUUGCGGACACUGGGAAACCAAACGGUCCGUGGGGAGUAUCUUGGCCGGAAUUUAAGUCAGAUCAGAGUGAGAAUGGAACAUCGGCGGGGCAGAAAUGGCUGCUUAUUGAAAAUCCACCGAAAGUUGAACCCCUCCCAGAAUCGUGGGAAGCAAAUAAUAAAUUUUGGAAGAGUUUGAACAUCAAAGAACUUGGGGGAAAGUGGAAAUCGGAGGAAUUGUAGAAUUUUUUAGGAAUAACUUUAAUCUGUGUUUGAAAUUUCUCUUAAAUUUGUUUCGUGAUAAGAUACAUAUUUAGCUAAUCGAACACAUAAAAAAAUUGAGUUUUCUUUAAUUACCGAAUUAAACAACUUCUUAAUUAUAUCCGACUAAAAACUUCCUUCACUUUUCAAUCUCAUUAGAAAUUUAAAAAAUGACGAAGCUAAUAAAUAGAAUGAAUUCU